CCUAGCUUUGCUCAGAUGCUGAAAAAGAAUUUACCAGUUCAGUCAUCAGCUCAGACGGUAACUUUGCCCACCGGAUAUUCCUCCGAAAGUUGCAACCUGUCGAAUAUGGCAUCCAAGGUUACACAAGUGACAGGUAAUUUUCCAGAGCCAUUGCUUUCCAAAGGUCUUUCAUCUAUUUCAAAUCCUGUCCUUCCUCCAAAAAAAAUACCUAAGGAAUUUAUAAUGAAGUACAAACGUGGAGAGAUAAAUCCUGUGUCAGCCUUGCACCAGUUUGCACAAAUGCAGCGUGUUCAGCUUGACCUUAAGGAAACUGUAACAACAGGUAAUGUUAUGGGACCAUAUUUUGCUUUUUGUGCUGUGGUGGAUGGUAUUCAGUACAAGACAGGACUGGGACAAAAUAAAAAGGAAUCUAGAUCCAACGCAGCAAAAUUAGCUCUUGAUGAACUUUUACAACUGGAUGAGCCUGAGCCAAGAGCUUUAGAACCAGCAGGACCGCCUCCUAUCCCUGCAGAGCCUGUUGUUACACCUGAAGCAGCAUAUGUUUCUAAAGUACAAUAUGAAGGGAGACAAGUCCAGUAUGCAAAGAUUUCACAACUUGUUAAAGAAACAUUUGGUCAACUAAUUUCUAGUCACUCACAAUAUCUGAAAUGUAGCAGUUCAUUGGCUGCUUUCAUUAUUGAAAGAGCUGGACAUCAUGAGGUUGUGGCUGUAGGCACAGGUGAAUACAACUACAGCCAGUGUAUCAAGCCGAAUGGAAGGGUGCUGCAUGAUACUCAUGCAGUUGUUACAGCAAGAAGGUCUCUCCUUAGGUACUUUUAUAGACAGCUUCUACUCUUCUAUAGCAAAAAUCCUGCCAUGAUGGAAAAGUCAAUCUUUUGUACAGAACCAGCUUCUAAUCUGCUUACUCUGAAACAGAACAUCAACAUUUACCUCUACAUGAACCAGUUGCCUAAAGGAUCAGCCCAGAUCAAGUCACAAUUACGCCUUAAUCCACAUUCUAUUUCUGCGUUUGAAGCCAAUGAAGAGCUGAGUCUCCAUGUGGCUGUUGAAGGCAAAAUUUACCUGACUGUUUACUGUUCUGCAGACGGGGUUAAUAGAGUAAACAGUAUGUCCUCCAGUGACAAGCUGACAAGAUGGGAGGUGCUUGGUGUACAGGGAGCAUUGCUGAGUCACUUUAUACAACCAGUUUAUAUCAGCAGUAUACUUGUUGGUGAUGGGAAUUGCAAUGACACUAGAGGCUUAGAAAUUGCAAUAAAUCAACGUGUUGAUGAUGCACUCACUUCAAAACUGCCCAUGUUUUACUUGGUCAACAGACCUCACAUUAGCUUAGUGCCCACUGCAUAUCCACUGCAAAUAAACUUGGACCACAAAUCACUCAGUUUGAACUGGGCACAAGGGGACAAUUCUUUGGAGAUUGUGGAUGGCCUAAGUGGGAAGAUCACUGAAAGUUCCCCGUUUAAAAGUGGUUUGUCAAUGGCAAGUCGGCUUUGUAAGGCUGCAAUGUUAAGUCGAUUUAAUCUGCUUGCCAAAGAAGCUAAAACAGAUGAUUUACUUGAAGCUCGGACAUACCACGCAGCUAAGUGCAUGUCUGGACCCUAUCAAGAAGCUAAAGCACUAUUGAAGGCCUACUUGCAGCAGCACGGUUAUGGCUCCUGGAUUGUGAAGUCUCCCUGUAUAGAGCAAUUUAGUAUGUGA